AAAUGUACCGAUAUUGGAUCCAGUUAUUCUCAAACCAUUUCCAGAUAUAUACCCACGUUUAGAUAUUUUGGAUUUCUAUGGCAAUGAAACAUAUAGACCACAUUUCGAUUUACUUAUUCAAAGUUAUCAAGCAAUGUAUGACCGCCCCCACGAAGAUAUGCGAUCGUUUUAUCAGGUUGCUGGUAUUCAUGGGUUGCCUUAUAAACCUUAUGAUGGAGUUACUGGUGAUGCGCAUGAAUAUAAAUCAUCGAAAGGUCGUUGGGGCGGAUAUUGUCAUCAUGGAGAUAGUUUAUUUAUAACAUGGCAUAGGCCAUACAUGCUUCUGUUUGAAUCUUUGAUAGUUAUCGAAGCUAAAAAAAUUGCUUUACAAUACCAUGAUAGUGAAAAAGAAAAGUAUGUUGAAGCGGCAAAGCAACUUCGUCAUCCCUAUUGGGAUUGGGCUGAUGAAAAGGCAAUAAAAGGAGUUCCAGAAAUAUUUCUAAUACCUGAAAUCGAGAUAAAUACGCCAAAUGGCAGGAAAAAGGUUACAAAUCCGUUAAAAAGUUAUACUUUACCUGUUGACCUUUCAUAUCCUCUUGAAAAAGGCCAUAAUCCAUGGGAUAAACCACAUUAUAUAAUUCCAAAUAUUACAUCUGAUCCAUUUACACCUGCCGGUUAUCCUACAAUUAGAUAUCCUAAUGCUAAUUAUGAAGAUCAAAAUAAUAUAUUAAAUGCUGAUCUAUCCGUCACACGUGGUACACAACAGAUAAAUGUGUCUUCAGGUCUUCCGCCUCCUUCGGCAUUUUUUGAAUCUGCACAUUUUACAUCCAUUGAGACAAUUCACGAUGCCUUUCAUGUAGUAAGUGGUGGCCUUGGAGGUCAUAUGGCUCACGUAAACACAGCUGCAUUUGACCCAUUAUUUUUUUUCCAUCAUAUUAAUAUGGAUCGUCUUUUUGCACUUUGGCAGGGAGUAUUUCCUAAUAGUUGGAUUUCACAAAAUAUUGAUGCCGGAGGAACUUAUACAGAAGAAAUGAACACAGUGAUAGAUGAAAACACAGAUCUAACACCAUUUCGAAAGACAAAAGCAGAAUUCUGGAAAUCUUCAGAUAUUCGAGAUAUAGAAAAACUUGGGUAUACGUAUCCUCAAGUGACGAUGUUUAAAGGUCAAGAUCCCAAAAAAUUACAAGCGUAUCUUCUUAAGCUGUAUAAACCUGAUCCUUAUUAUGGACGCAGAUUUUUUGUAAAGUUGACUAUAGAAGAGGAUCAAUUAGUUGGACCAUAUUGUAUUAGAGUAUUUGUUAAUUUGAAAAAUGCAACUGCCCAAACACCAAUAACUUCACCUCAUUUUGCUGGUCUCGUUGCUAUGUGGCAUAAUAUUAAUCAUUUUCAUGCUAAUAAUAAUACUUUUGCCGUUGAAUCUAUUGAUAUUACGGCAGCUGUGAAACGAUUGGGAAUACCGAUAGAAAUACAUAAUCAUGCUCAAGAAGUCAAUAAUACAACAGAUUUGUUAAAUUCAACUACGAUUUUUGAUAUUGAAAAUAAUAUCACGAUAGCUCCUGUUUUAAUAAAUGGAAUGGGAAUUAGUUUGAAAGAAGCUGGAAUUAAUAAGGUUGAAGUUAUUUCAUUCGACCACGAUAAAGUGAAUCCAAAUCUCUUGGCAGAAAACACCAGUCAAUAUUAUGGAGCGAAAAAUUUUUAA